AUGAGUUCCCAAUAUCCAGGGAGUUAUGGACAACCCCCUCAAGGUGGCUAUGGAGGACCACCAUCAGGACCCCCUGGUCAGAAUUUUAAUAAACCUCCAGGCCAAUUCACACCAAAUCCAGGAGUUAAACCUGGUAUGUUUAAUCCAAAUAUGGUUCAAAAUGGUCCACAGGGCGGUGUGCCACCAGGUCCUCAAGGUGAUACAAGAUAUGGCCCUCCAUCAGGACCAAGAGGUCCAGUUCCAGGACAACCUCCAGUGGGUACAUUUAAUGGAGUAGGUGGUGCCCCUCCACAAAGAGGUCCUCCACCACCAGGCAACAUGCCACCCAAUUCACAGCCUCCUAAUGCACAGUUUUCUGGAAUGAAGAUAAAUGAUGGUCCUCCCAGUCAAAGUUUUCCUCCUCCUACUAGUAAUACAUCACCACCCAUGG